UUUUGAAUUCCCUUCUCUUUCUACACGUGCACAGUUUCCUGACUCGAUUAUCGUCAGGAACCCUGCUCGACAAUCUCAUCCCGUACAAAUCGGCGGCGCCGCGCUAGAUGGACAGUCUCCCCUCUAAGCUCCCAUUCUCGAAGCGCCGACUCCGACCGCGAGUCGUCAUUUCAUAUAUCAUCGACUAUGUGAUCCUUAUCGCGCUCGUCAUUUGCUUUUGGAUACUCGAUCGAAUCGAACCAUACCACCAACGUUUCUCAUUAAACAACAUCUCCCUCCAAUACCCGUACGCGGUCCAUGAACGGAUAUCGAUCUACGAGGCCGUCGCCUGUUCCGGAGGAGGACCGCUCAUCAUAAUCGCCAUCUGGACCCUUUUCAUUGACGGGUUAUUCUCGCAUAACAAACCGAUCAAAGCGGGAGGGAAGAGGAAGUUUACCGGACCAUACAGAUGGAAGGAUAGACUGUGGGAGCUCAACUGUGGGUUUCUCGGCCUGAUUCUAUCUCAGGCGUUAUGUUUUGUGAUCACCCAAGCUCUCAAGAACGCUUGCGGCAAGCCCAGACCGGAUAUCAUUGAUCGGUGUCAGCCCAGACCGGGUAGCGCGGAUCCAAAGCCGUACGGUCUGUCGGAUAUAAGCAUAUGUACUGGGGAUCCGCAUCUGUUGAAGGAUGGGUUCCGAUCGUGGCCUUCAGGUCAUAGCAGCUCUUCCUUUGCGGGCCUAUUCUACCUCUCGCUCUGGCUCGGCGGAAAACUCCACAUCAUGGAUAACAAAGGCGAAGUUUGGAAGAUGUUCAUCGUCAUGUUCCCCUGCCUCGGCGCGACCUUGAUCGCUGUCUCUCGAAUCAUGGAUGCACGGCACCACCCCUUCGACGUGAUCACUGGCUCCCUCCUCGGCAUCCUCUGCGCCACCAUCUCCUACCGCCAAUACUUCCCAUCCCUAGCCGAGCCUUGGAAGAAGGGACGAGCCUACCCAAUUCGAACCUGGGGUACCGAGCCAAGCUACCCAGGCGGAGCCCCCUACGGUUCAACAGACAGCACCGCGGCGCUGACAAAUCCAGAAGAAGAGCGAUUCCGCGAGCAUGGAAACGGAUCUUCUGAGAAUCCGGAACCGAUCCCUCAUCCGGAAGCGUAUCAACCAUCCGUUAAUCCUUUCGCGUCGAACGCGUACCCACGUCACCACGACGGAAACUGGUCCUCAUCUAGCGAGGAAGAUGUUACGAAUGGGUAUGAGAUGCAGCAGGGUUAUACCCGAACUCAUAAUCCCAGUCUAGGCGGCCAGCUCCCGACGUAUGAGCCUGGGAUGGCAUAUCAGUCUCAGACGCAGCCGGUGUCCGGGCCCACGUCGGGAACGGGACCGUUAUACCCUGAGGCUACAAUUGCCCCUGCACCUGGGACACGAGCGCAUAAUGACCAGCUUUAAGAUGAUGGUUCCCGGAUAAUUGUUUCAACGAUACGACUAACGAUUUAGAUUAUUUCUGAGCUAGAUUACUGACUGUUGAAAUGCAUCUUGAGAGAAUCUUCACCGCCUAUACAAUGAAUUGACUUGCUUGGAUGUUGAGUUGGGAUACGACAUGAUAUCAACUUCUGUACUAUUACCGGCUUAGAUUUCUGUCCUCAUUACAUGACCGCAAACAACUGCUGCUGUCAGAUAUGCAUAUCCUAUUAUCUUAUAUC